AUGGGGUCCACUAAUCUGGAUGUAGAGCAAAAGGUCCUCGCCGACACUCCGGCUCAAGACCACAAUGCAUCGGCCAAUGCGUCAGAAGUUCCCGAGAAGGAGUCCGAGAUCACCUUCGAUACGGGUGUCAUGAGUUGGCUGCAGGUCCUGGGCUCGUUCUUCCUCUUCUUCAAUUCCUGGGGCAUUAUCAACACCUGGGGUGCCUACCAGACCUACUAUGAGCAAUAUCUACUCGCCGGGACGCCGUCAUCGUCCAUCGCCUGGAUCGGAUCGCUGCAGUCCUUCCUCCUGAUGAUGAUUGGAGUCGUGACGGGCCCGUUGUUCGACGCGGGCUAUUUCCGGGUGCUGAUCUGCUUUGCGGCAGUCAUGCUACCAUUUGGCUUGAUGAUGACCAGUCUCUCCACCAAAUACUGGCAUCUGAUUCUCUCACAGGGGAUCUGUGUCGGUCUGGCCGCUGGGUGUCUCUUUGUGCCUUCGGUCGCCAUCCUGCCGCAGUACUUCCGUCGCAAAAGAGGUCUGGCAAAUGGCUUGGCCGCGAGCGGCAGCAGCGUCGGUGGCGUGGUGUACCCCAUCAUGUUCGAUCAGCUGCAGAAGAAGGUCGGCUUCCCAUGGGCCACCCGCGCACUCGGCUUCCUUUGUCUGGGAUCCAUCUGCAUAUCCCUGAGCGUGAUGCGAGUGCGGUUCCAGCCAAAAGAGAAACGGAAGCUCUACCAACUGUCUGCGUUCAAGGAACCGGCCUAUUGCAUCUUUGCCGUGGCCAUGUUUCUGGGCUUCCUGGGCUUCUACAACUUCCUCUUCUACGUGCAGUCCUACGCAAUUGAGACGGGCAUUGUCAACGCGAACUUGGGAUUCUAUCUGCUGGCCAUGCUUAACGCCGCCUCGACCUUUGGCCGAAUCGCCCCCAACUUCAUCGCCGACCACACUGGCCCUUUGAACAUGCUCACCCCAGCCGUGACCAUCACCGCAGUCUUGGCCUUUGUCUGGAUCCGCGUCCAUACUGUGCCUGGUAUCAUUAUCCUGGCUGUUUUUUAUGGCUUUUUCUCCGGCGGGUUUGUGUCCCUGCCGCCGGUAGUCAUGGCAAGUAUGACCCCAGACGUGCGCGACCUGGGCACGCGAUUGGGAAUGAUUUUUGCUACGACUUCGAUCGGCCUGUUGAUCGGCACUCCGAUUGGGGGUGCCAUUUUGAGCGACACGCACGGGUAUCUCGGUCUGCAGCUAUUUACUGCUUGUUGUCUGAUCGCGUCUGCGUGUCUCAUGGCCCUUGUGAGGUUUGUCCGCUCGGGGCCAAAACUGCUUUCCAAGACUUGA